CCUGUCUUCUACUCGUGUGAUAUCCUACAAGUGAGUUUUGUUUUGUAUCCUGUCACGUGUAUCCCGAUGAUAACAGAACUGUCAAAGUUCAACUCCAUUCACUGUUAGCUUUACAGUAAAACAAACCACGGCAUAGAAGUGUGAUCAUUCGGUUGUUAUCAAACAUUCAAGGUUGUAGACACGAAACUGAUAACUUUAUGAAGUGCAAACUUGUGUGGAACUCGGACGUCUUGUCAAAACAACUGUCUUCCAAGUUGCCAACAUUACAACGAUAUAUUAAUAAAAGACGCCGUGGCCUCUUGGAACUGGAACAGCGUAGAAAUGAGCCACACAGAAGAAAAACAACCUCUUGUUAGCCGAGGACAUAAGGAAGUACCAUGCCAGUUCAUCCAAGCACGACAUGUUCUGGCUCUCUGGGCCUUCCUGGGAUUCUUUGUUGUCUAUUGUCUCCGUGUCAACCUGAGUGUGGCGCUGGUUGCUAUGGUGAACAGUACUCAGGCUAAAAGCGAUGUCAACGACAGCACGGAAUGUCACGCUCCUGGAGGCUUCAGCAAUACCACUGUUCACACUACAGGAGAGUUUGACUGGGAUGAGCAGACUCAAGGACUGAUCCUGGGCUCUUUCUUUUAUGGCUACAUCACCACACAGGUGCCAGGCGGUUAUCUAGCUGAGAGGUUUGGUGCCAAGAAGUUGUAUGGCUUCGGAAUCCUUUGUACCUCCAUACUUACCCUUCUGACACCAGUGGCGGCAAGACUUGGGGGGCUGCCUGUCUUCAUAGCUGUGCGAGUCCUGGAGGGGAUAGGAGAGGGGGUGACCUUCCCAUCUAUGCACGCCAUGUGGGGGAACUGGGCACCCAUCUUGGAGAGGAGCAAGCUUGCAGGAUUUUCCUAUGCUGGGGCACAGUUGGGUGUGGUGUUUUCCAUGCCAAUCUCUGGCUUGCUGUGUGCGUCAACAUUUCUUGGAGGCUGGCCGUCUGUCUUCUAUGCCUUUGGGGUGAUGGGCUGUGUGUGGUUCAUCAUGUGGAUGCUCUUGGUGCAUGAAACUCCUGCUGACCACCCUCGAAUAACCAGAGAAGAGAGGGAGUACAUUGAAAGCUCUGUGGGCAAGAAAACGCAUCUGAAGACACCCUGGAGGAAGAUCUUCACCUCUGGGGCAUUGUGGGGGAUUGUUGGCGGUCAUGUGGCAACCAACUGGGGCCAGUAUACAUUCCUCACCUGCCUCCCGACGUUCAUGAAGAGAAUCCUCAAGUUUGAUAUCCAGUCUGAUGGUUUGCUGUCUGCUGUGCCAUAUGCAGCCCUGUGGUCUGUGCAAGUUCUGAUUGGGUUCGUUGCCGACUAUCUCCGAUCCCAUGGUUACCUUACAACCGUUGCCACCCGCAAACUCAUGAACUCAUUAGGACUGAUGCUCCCUGCUGGCAUGGUGAUCGGCGUCAGCUACGUGGGCUGUAACCACGUGUGGGCAGUUACGCUGUUGACCUUGGCCUUGGGAACCAGUGGGAUCACAAUGGGGGGAUACAUGAUCAACCAUCUGGACAUUGCGCCCAAGUUCUCGGGAGUGUUGCUGGGUAUAACCAAUGGGAUUGCUACGAUUCCCGGCUUCCUGGGCCCCCAAGUGGUUGGCAUCAUCACCAACAAUAAUGAGACGAUAGCAGGGUGGAGAAUUGUGUUCUUCAUCACGGCAGGCGUCUAUGUGGUCGGGACAAUCAUCUUCAUCGUCUUUGCUCGUGGAGAGGAACAGUCCUGGGCCAAAGUGAAACCUGAGGAGGAAGAUGUCUUCAAGAAAUCCGAGUCUUCCAUACAAGCAACUGUGCAGAAUGCUCCUUAUGAUCAGGAGGUCCUUAUACCUCCACCUACUAAGAGCUCUUCGUGAUAUUGUGACACUGAGUUUGUUGUAAAUGUAUUAAAUAGUGCAAUAUAUGUCAUAUUCAUACACCAUACCGACCAUGUGGAUUCCUGCUUAGAACAGGUCCCCAGCAACCUAUGCUGGUUGUAAGAGGGAACCAAAUGGAUUGGGUGGUCAGACUCAGUUGAAUGUAGCCAUGGUGUGGAUUGUGGCUGACAAAAUCAAUCACUGCCUUUUUAUCCCCCGGGCAUAUAGUCUACGCCUCAUCUGUCUGUCUGUCUGUCUGUCGAUAAUCAUUUCACUUUAGGAGCGUAAGUCGAAAACCAAGUUUUGAUACCUACUCUUGUGUAUGGACAUACAGAUUAGAUAGAAAUUCUCACAUCCAACUGGACUCUUGUCUCGUCCAGACUGGAUUAUUUCCAAGCCGCUGCAUCACCAACUUCUUGAAGAUGUCAUACAAGCAGUAUUCAGUACUGACAUGGAAGUGGCACGUUCAGUGUCAAACAAGUCAGCUAGUGAACCUGACCACCCGACCCAAGCAGGAGAGUGCUUGGUACCUGUUGUAACCCGGGUCUCACACAUAUCAGUGUGUGUGUUUGUGUGUUUGUGUGUUUGU